AACCAUGGGGAACCCUGAGGCUUCGUGCACCCCACCGGCGGUCCUGGGCUCCCAGACUGGGCUGCCGCACGCCAACGUCUCUGCGCCUCCCAACAACUGCAGCGCACCGAGCCACAUUUACCAGGACUCCAUCGCCCUGCCCUGGAAAGUGCUGUUGGUUGUGCUGCUGGCGCUCAUCACCUUGGCCACCACACUCUCCAAUGCCUUUGUGAUCGCCACCGUGUACCGCACGCGAAAGCUGCAUACCCCCGCCAACUACCUGAUCGCGUCCCUGGCGUUCACCGAUCUGCUCGUGUCCAUCCUGGUGAUGCCCAUCAGCACCAUGUAUACGGUCACCGGCCGCUGGACCCUGGGCCAGGCACUUUGCGACUUCUGGCUGUCGUCGGACAUCACCUGUUGCACCGCGUCCAUCAUGCACCUGUGCGUCAUCGCCCUAGACCGCUACUGGGCCAUCACGGACGCUGUGGGGUAUUCGGCAAAGAGGACGCCCAGGAGGGCGGCGGGCAUGAUCGCACUGGUGUGGGUCUUCUCCAUCUGCAUCUCGCUGCCGCCCUUCUUCUGGCGCCAAGCCAAGGCCGAGGAAGAGGUGCUGGACUGCUUAGUGAACACAGACCACGUCCUCUACACUGUCUACUCCACAGGGGGUGCCUUCUACCUGCCUACCCUACUCCUCAUCGCCCUCUAUGGCCGUAUCUAUGUGGAGGCGCGCUCCCGCAUUUUGAAGCAAACACCCAACAAGACCGGUAAGCGCCUGACCCGAGCACAGCUGAUAACCGACUCUCCCGGUUCUACGUCUUCAGUCACCUCCAUCAACUCCCGGGCUCCCGAGGUGCCCUGCGAUUCCGGGUCUCCUGUGUACGUGAACCAGGUCAAAGUGCGAGUUUCUGACGCCCUGCUGGAGAAGAAGAAGCUCAUGGCCGCCAGGGAGCGCAAAGCCACCAAGACGCUGGGGGUCAUCCUGGGAGCCUUUAUUGUGUGCUGGCUGCCCUUCUUCAUCAUCUCCCUGGUGAUGCCCAUCUGUAAGGAUGCCUGCUGGUUCCACAUGGCCAUCUUUGACUUCUUCACGUGGCUGGGCUACCUGAAUUCCCUCAUCAAUCCCAUCAUCUACACCAUGUCCAACGAGGACUUCAAACAGGCCUUCCAUAAAUUGAUACGCUUUAAGUGCACAACCUGACUUGCCCAAUGCAGUGGGGUCGCCCAAGCGACCUUUGGGGACCAAGUUGGGUCUUUCCACAGGUUUCUGCCUUGCUAUUUGCAGCUGCCAUAAACUGAGGCCUCAUCAUGCCAUCCUGCUUUGGAGCCAACCCAGUAUGGACUAAAACCUCCAAAAAUUGUAAGAAAUAAACCUUUCCUUUCCCAA